AUGGUUCAAGAUCCAGCCUCCUCCAAUGCGGCCAUAACGGCGAUUGUCAUCGUUCCGGGCUCCUUCUCACCCGCAUCGUUCUAUACCAACGUAGUCGACGCGCUCCACGCACACGGGUACGAAGCUAUUGUGCAAACCCUUCCUUCCUCGUCCCGCUCACCCCUCAACGACGAGAGGCCCGCGACCAUGGAAGAAGAUGCGGACCUCUUCCGCCAAAUCGUCCAGGAUCUCGCGGAUCAGGGAAAAGACGUUGUUAUUGUGACGCACUCGUAUGGAGGCAUCCCGGGGACGGAGUGCUCAAGGGAACUCUCGAAGGCGAAGAGAAGAGCGAUUGGCAAGGAGGGUGGGAUUUCGAGAUUCGUAUAUGUAACCUCGGUGGUGCCCACGCCAGGCAACUCGUUGAAAGACCUUAUGGGAGACCUGGUUCCGUCUUUUCUCCAAGUCGAGGGCGAUUUCAUGAGCCACGUCAUCGAAGAGAGUGCAAAAUUGACGUUCUCGGACUUGCCGUUUGAAGAAGCAAAGGAGUGGGUGAAAAGGAUGCCAUACCACUCGGCUCUUAGCUUUGACGGCAAGCUCACGUACCCCGGGUACAAUCAUAUUCCGGUCUCGUUCAUCAUUUGCGAGAAGGACGUGAUUCUACCACCGGAAUUUCAGCGCUCCGUGAUCGACGGCAUUGAGCGGGAGAGUGGCAAGAAGGUAGACGUGCAUAUGUUGAAUACCGGACACUGUCCCAAUGCGAGUGCUCCGGAGGAUCUUGCAAGCGUCAUCAUCAAGGCAGUACUGACAGCGGCUUGA